AUGUCCCCGUUGCUGAGCUCGGUGGUGUCUGUUCUCAACUUCACGUUUUCCCUGAAUGCCUACUCACAGUAUAUUUUCCAGCCUGUCGACUCUGCCGAUCUGCUCAACAAGCGCCAAUCAGCACAACCCUUCAACAAUGAUUAUAACGGACCGAUCUUUUCUUCACCGCCGAGCUACCCUUCGCCUUGGGGCUCGGGCGCCGGCAACUGGUCUGCGGCCUACGAAAAAGCGCGGGCUUUUGUGAGCCAGUUGACUCUGCUCGAAAAGGUCAAUCUCACCACCGGUGUAGGCUGGGAAAGUGAGAGAUGUGUCGGAAACGUGGGAGAGAUUCCUCGACUGGGCUUCCCGAGUUUGUGCAUGCAAGACAGUCCUCUGGGAGUCAGAAAUGCCGAUUAUGUCUCUGCCUUCCCAGCCGGUCUGAAUGUCGCCGCGACAUGGGAUCGUAGUCUGGCGUACGCCCGCGGGGUGGCCAUGGGUGAAGAGCACAGAGGCAAAGGCGUGGACGUUCAGCUUGGUCCCGUGUGUGGCCCUCUGGGUCGAUCGCCCGAAGGCGGAAGAAAUUGGGAAGGAUUCAGCCCCGAUCCCUAUCUCACCGGCGCUCUGAUUGCCCCGACUGUCCAGGGAAUUCAGAGUGCAGGUGUCAUUGCCUGCACCAAGCACUAUAUUCUCAACGAGCAAGAGCAUUUCCGUCAAGUGGGAGAAUCGCAGGGAUAUGGCUACAACAUCACAGAGACGAUCAGCUCCAACAUUGACGACAAGACAAUGCACGAGGUUUACCUCUGGCCCUUUGCUGAUGCUGUGAGAGCCGGAACCGGAUCAGUCAUGUGCUCUUACAACCAGAUCAACAACUCGUACGGCUGUUCCAACUCUUACACUUUGAAUCAUUUGUUGAAGAACGAGCUCAAUUUCCAGGGCUUCGUCAUGUCUGACUGGCAAGCUCAGCAUUCGGGAGUUGGGACUGCAUUAGCAGGCCUUGACAUGAGUAUGCCCGGUGACACUGUCUUCAACACGGGACGGACCUUUUGGGGCACCAACCUGACAAUUGCUGUCAUCAACGGAACUAUCCCUGAAUGGCGCAUCGAUGAUAUGGUAACUCGUAUCAUGGCAGCUUACUACUAUGUCGGUCGCGACACGCACUACGUUCCUACCAACUUCUAUGCCUGGAGCCAAAACACGAAUGAUCACAUCCAUGCCGCAGACCCGCAAUCGCCGAUUGGGCUUGUCAAUGAGCAUGUAAACGUGCAAGACGAACAUCGUAAUGUCAUCCGACAAGUGGCUCAGUCUUCGAACGUUCUCCUCAAAAACACCGGUGGCCUUCCACUCACGGGCAAAGAGAAACAAGUUGGAAUCUUUGGAUACGAUGCCGGCAGCAACCCGUGGGGUGCCAAUGGCUGCCCUAACAGAAACUGCGACAACGGAACCCUUGCCAUGGGUUACGGAAGCGGUACGGCGGAAUUCCCAUAUUUGAUCACCCCUGAACAAGCCAUCCAGCAAUACGUCUUGACCCAAACUGAUGGUGAAGUGUUUGCCAUCCUCGACAACUAUGCCGACUCUCAGGUGCAGAACCUCGCCGAGCAAGCCGAUGUGGCCAUUGUCUUUGGCAAUGCUCAAUCCGGCGAGGGUUUCAUUACCAUUGACGGAAAUACUGGCGAUCGGAACAAUUUGACUCUCUGGGGUGGCGCUGAACGAUUGAUCAACAACGUGACCAAAUAUUGCAACAACACCAUUGUGGUUUUGCAUACCGUUGGGCCUGUCAAUGUUUCGUCCUGGUAUGACAACGAAAACGUCACUGCCAUCAUUUGGGCCGGCCUACCAGGUCAGGAGAGCGGCAAUGCCAUCGUGGAUGCUCUGUACGGCUUUAUCAACCCUGGCGGCAAGCUGCCGUUUACCAUCGCUCGCAAUCGCGAAGACUACGGCACCGACGUUAUUUACGAACCCAAUAACGGACAAUUUGGUGCUCCACAGGAUACUUUCUCUGAAGGGGUGUUCACCGAAUAUCGAUGGCUUGAUGCACAUAACAUCACGCCCAUAUACGAGUUCGGAUUUGGUUUGAGUUACACCACGUUCGAAUACUCGAACCUGGUCAUUACACCAGCAAGCCCGGCUCCAUACACACCUACCAGCGGAGAGACUGGGCCCGCUCCCGUGUUGGGCAAUUUCAGCACCGAUCCUGCCGACUAUGUGUUCCCCAACGAUACCAUUCCCUAUCGUCCUUACUUGUACAUUUACGCGUACCUAAACUCCACCGAUCUCAAGGCAUCUUCCGAUGACACCGAUUAUGGAUUACCGUCGGAUCAAUAUAUCCCCCCUGGUGCUACCGACGGAUCUUCACAGCCACUGCUAGCGGCUGGUGGUGCUCCUGGUGGCAACCCGGGUCUUUACGAGACUGUGGCCACGGUGACAGCGACGAUAACCAACACUGGUGACGUUGCAGGCGAUGAGGUUGCCCAAUUGUACGUCGGGUUGGGAGAUGGAGAGCCGCCAAAGGUCCUGCGUGGCUUUGACAGACUCACCAUUGCUGCUGGAGCAUCCGCCACAUUCACGGUUGAAUUGACUCGUCGAGAUGUGUCGGUUUGGGACACUGUAUCUCAGAACUGGGUUCAAGUUGAAAACCCCAUCAUUUACGUGGGUGCAUCCAGCAGGAACCUACCUCUUUCUGGAACUCUUUCUGGUGGCAGCUCAGGCGGUGGGUCUGGCCCAUCUGGAAAGCCUAGCGGAGGUUGGGGACCUCCUUCCACUGCAAGUGGUGGAUAUCCUGUUACGCAGAUCUCGGACGGGCAGCCACAAGCUCCAACAGGACCUCCUGUCAGUCAGAUUUCAGAUGGACAGCCUCAAGUGCAUACUUCAACAUGGUAA